UGUAAAUAUGAUGUAAAUAAUGAACUUAAUUCUUGGGAAGGCUAUAGACAAAUAUAUACUGAUGGCUCAAAAACCGAAGAUAAGGUUUCUAUGGCAUUUUAUGACUUAAAUGUCAAGAUUGGUCAUGGGAUAAAAUUACCAUCUGCAGCAAGUAUUUAUACUGCCGAGGCAUGCGCAGUGCUGGCUGCCCUGGAGUACAUUGAGUAUUCAAACGUUGAAAAAUGGAUAAUAGUUACCGACAGCAUGAGUGUUUUAGAAGCUUUGUCGAACCCGUGUCAUAACGCAAAAACAAACUAUAUUAUUUUUCAAAUAAAAGAAAAAUAUCACAAACUAUGUAACAUGGGCAGAGAUAUUAUUCUUUUCUGGACACCUUCACAUGUGGGCGUGGUGGGCAAUGAAGAGGCAGACACUUUAGCUAAGCUUAUAACAAACACAUCAGAUGUAGUACCUGUUAAGAAGAUCAAAAUAUCAUAUACAGACUGUUCAACCCUUUUAAAAGAAUUAAUGAAGAAAAAAUGGCUAGACCAUUGGCAAGAAAGUAUUCAAACUAAAGGAAAAUGGUACCACCAGAUUAACCAUGGAAUAGGAAAGCCCUGGUUUACAAAAGGAACCUAUAAGAACAGAAAGUUUUAUUCUUACAUAUCAAGAUUAAGAAUUGGACAUGGCCGAUUUAAUGAACAUCUCCACCGGAUGAACAUGAUCACCUCCCCAUCAUGCUCAUUCUGCAAUCAAGCUAAUCAAUCCCUCCAUCACAUAUUCUUCGAGUGUUCUAUAUUUUCACUCCAAAGACUCAUUUUGAUAGAAGACUUAUUACAAGUUUAUAAAGAACCAGAAGUCAUCCCGCGCUCUCUACCUGAUCUUCUCAAAAAUGAAAACUGUUUUGUAGCAUUAUACAAGUUCUUAGUUACCACUAAAGAAGAAAUUUGAAGAAAUUCAAAGCCGAAGUUGAAGGGAAAGAAAUAAUAAUAAUUACUCAGUCGGCUUCAAAAUGAAAAUGUUUCCUCUCUCUCGCGCCGUCUCCGUGAAUACAAACUGAAGACUUGGCUGUAUGGCGAAUGCCUUUGCCUUUUCCUGCAAGAGGAAAGAACGAAACCAAAAAAAAAAAAAA